AUGCAGACAGAGGAAGGUGAUGGACAUGGACUGUUUGGACCUCUGCUUAUGAAAGGAGCAGAAACCCUGUGGGGAAUGGUUUUAUCAACAUAUUGUGAAUGGGAGAACUGGAAAAUCUGGGUCCAGGAGUAUUCAUACCCACCUGACAGUGAGCCAGACUAUACAUCAAUCCUUGUGCCAAAUGUUGACAAUGUCAGGACCAACUUUCUGCUGAACAUCAUAGCUAAACAAAACAGGGCGGUUCUUCUGACUGGAGAACAGGGAACAGCAAAAACAGUCAUGAUUAAAGGCUAUCUGAAGAGAUAUGAUCCAGAAGUACACUUGUCCAAGAGUUUGAAUUUCUCUUCUGCCACAGAACCCUAUAUGUUCCAGCGAACAGUUGAAAGUUAUGUGGAAAAACGUGUGGGGAGCACAUAUGGACCUCCAAGUGGACGGAAAAUGACAAUAUUUGUUGAUGAUAUCAACAUGCCUGUUAUUAAUGAGUGGGGAGAUCAGAUCACGAAUGAAAUAGUGCGUCAGAUGAUAGAGAUGCAUGGAAUGUACAACUUGGAUAAACCAGGAGACUUUACGAAAAUUGUUGAUGUGCAACUAAUGGCUGCAAUGAUCCACCCAGGAGGGGGACGCAAUGAUAUUCCACAACGUGAGGAUGAGGAGUUGGGGGCCAGGGAAUUGGAAGUCUUGGAGGAGGUCGAGGACGUGGAUGGUGUCCCGGAUGAAGGUGGGGAGCUCCUGGACCGGGGCGAAAAGAUAGUCAAGUUUAAAAAUAGACAAUUGCAGCAGCAGAAUCAGGAUCUGCGUGAAAAGCUGACUCUCAGCACAAACAAGUUGGAGGUUAUGGAAAGAGAUUUUGAAUCCAGCCGCCAGUACCUUGAAGCAGAGCUGAGCUAUGCCAGAGAAGAAAUGGACAAACUGAAGGACAAAUUCCGCAGAUUGCAGAAUAGUUACACUGCAUCACAACGAACUAACCAGGAGCUGGAGGACAAGUUGCAUGCCCUGGUGAAAAAGGCUGAGCUGGAGAGGAAGACCCUUGACUGGGAGAUUGUGGAGCUGACCAACAAGCUGCUGGAUUCAAAAACUGCCAUCAACAAGUUGGAGGAGUUAAAUGAGCGUUACCGCCAGGAUUGUAACCUUGCUGUUCAGUUGCUAAAGUGCAACAAAUCUCAUUUCAGGAACCACAAGUUUGCAGAUCUUCCCUUUGUACUCCAGGAGAUGGUCAACAAGCAUCUGGAGUCCAGUGAAGAGGUUGAGGAGGGACAUGAGCGAAGCUCAGCUCUUGGUUCAUCUGAUGUGGUACCUACUUCUGUCAUUGCCAGAGUUUUAGAGAAACCAGAGCCACUGGUUCUGAACUCUGCCAAGUCCAGCAGUGGCAAUCAGCCAUUGGCAGAAGAUGUCUUUGUUCAUGUGGAUAUGAGCAGUGACACUAAUGGUAUGAAGAAUUCAGGGAAAGAGGGAGAUGGGGUGAAAGCUGAAGGAGUAAAGCCUCAGAAUGGUGUGUGCAAGAGGCUGGUUAGCACAGACAGUCCACCAGAUGAAACGACUACCUUUGAGAAACUUCACCCAUAUCCUACUCCGCCUCAGAAUCUUUUCCCUGGACGUAAAGCUGUAAUUGAAUUCUCUUCUGAUGAUAAGGUUAAAAUACCAAAGGAUAGUCCCUUACCAAACUGUACAUAUGCUACCAGGCAGGCCAUAUCACUCAGUCUGGUCCAGGGAGAGGAGGAUGGUCUGGAACGCCAGAGGAAUCUACCUAGCAGCCCAUUAUCAGAGGGAAGGAGGUCAGGACAGAUAAAUAGUGGGCAGUAUCAAUGUCCAAGUUCAGGCACACCCAGAGGCCCUGAAAGUGAGCUUAGAUCUACCCAGUCCAGUCCUUUCAAUAGCCCACCUCAAGUUUCAAGUUCAUUUGCCAGCUCAGCAAGUUCUGAAGAGGAUCUGCUUGCAAACUGGCAGAGGAUGUUUGUCGAAAAGGUAGCCCCUGCUUCUGAAAGGGUGAUUGCCCAUCGAACAUCUUUCAGCAGUGAAAUGAUCCAAGAGUUUCAGAAUAGCCUGGGCAACAAGAUUGACUUAGCAGAGAGGCGCCUGGCUUAUUCAGACGGGGAGGAAUCUGGUCACAGCCACAGCUGGACAGUAAGUCAAGAUUCCAGCUUAGACACAGACAGCAUAGAUUCCAAAGUGCGGAAAGGCAAAUUCCUUCUGGAUUAUGGCAGCGAAUUCUCUCAUGAGGAAGAGGAGAAACUACUGCAUGCUGUAGGUAGCAGUCGACUGACUCGCCAAGCCAGUCCUUUACACAAACAGGUUGAAUAUGGGGAUACUGUCUCUGCAAGUGGCUCAAUGGAAGAGAGAGAGAUGCUGCUUCAUGGCAACCAGUCCACCGUGCUGGAUGAACUGGAAGAGACUGGAAAUAAGCCAUCAGUGACAUCAGCAGGACGACAACAGAGGAGCCCCAAAAGGAUGGGUGUCCACCACUUAUUGCGAAAGGAUAGUUUAACAAGGGCACAGGAGCAGGGCACCCUGCUUGACUAAAUUCAUUCAGAUUAGCAAAUACAAAAUCUAUGCUGCUGCAGUGUCAAACUGAGAGUCACAGCAGUUCCAAAUUGUUGAGUGAAAAUUCACAAAGUAUUCCUGAGAAACUUGCAUAAAGGUGAACAAAAAUAUAGAAAUCAGCUACUACUUUUUAGCAGAACCCGGGUUCAAAGGCAAUACUUCAGUGUUUUCUAAGAAAACCGUUUUGUAAUUAAUUAAAUCAUUGCCAAAAGAAAUCCAAAUUUCUGAGCAGAACUCCUGCCAGACAAUGGUCGUUGAAUUUUCAGCAUGUGGUGUUUUUAGUUUGGUUUCUGUCUGUGUGUGUGUGUGUGUGUGUGUGUGUGUGUGUUUGUGUGUGUGUGUGUGUCUGUCUGUCUGUGUUGGUGUCUGACUGUGUGCGCGAAUGUCAGUGUGUGCGCACGCGUGCCAGUGUGUGUUUUUGUGUGUGUGUUUCUGUCUGUCUGUGUGUCAGGCAGUACAGGGGAAUGUUUCCUAUCUCUCUUGCAUGUUGUGAGAGAUGUUUGAGUAAUUGGAUCUUCCACAAGAAUUGUUUUGUCAGUGAUGGACUGUCAGUGCAAGCUGAUGGCUGUCUGUCAGCUUUCGGAGUUUGGCUAUCACUGGCAUUACCAUUGAGCAACAAGAGCAAACUUCCUGGUUCUCCUCAGAUACAUUUAGGUGUUUCAGUCUUCACUGUAAAGGAGAAAGGAUAGAAAGGUCAGCUGUUGCAGUGUACCUAUACCAGUUCUCAAUCUGUGAAUCAGCAGAAUAUAUUGGACAUUGACUGUGUGGUGUUUCAUCUGAUGCUAAUUACCAAAGCUCAUAGAUCAGCAGGAGUACACUCACACGUGAUGACUUUUCAGUGAUUUACACUUCUUUUCUAGGAUGGUAUGGGGUACCAUUGCAUUUUUAUUUUCUUCCAUAUAAUCUACGUCAGUUUUUGUGAAGAUGAAAUACCUGAUGAAGGGAAUCUGGAUGAAAGCUAGUGCUAGUUUCGUUAACAGAUGAUAACUCCUGAGAUUGAUCUGAUGUGUCAUUUCUGACAUGUUUUUAAAAUCCGGCUACUUUGGGAGAUUCUCCAGUUUAUUGCUGGCUUCCAUGUGAUCAGUACAUGACACAACCAGAAAUAAUUUUAUUUGAAUUUAAUAAAUCUGGAGAUUACAGCUCCAAACGUUUGAGCAGUCUUAUACUGACCAGUUAAGCACAAUGAAUUGAUAUUGAGGUAGUCUCUUGUUUAAAGCAGAAAUGAACUUCAUCCUGAGUCUUGGUGGACAGUGUUAGACAGUGAACAAAUGCUGCCCACCCCAGCACUGACUCUCACCAAGUUAGUGCCUUCGAAACCUCACGGUGUGCAAUUACAUUGGCAAAGAUUCACAGUGCCAGCAGCCAGCAUCACCUACCAUCUCUUGUGGGAUGUGGCAACACACCCGCCCCCCCCACCCAUUCCUGGGUCAGGCAGAAUUUAGCAACUCCCUCACUGGGGUCCUGGACCCUCGCAUUCUGAGAUUAGUGACUCCCUCCCCGGAUCUCUCCCCCUGCCAUGACACUAAUGACUCCCUCCCAUGGAGCUCCACAAGUAACUGCUUAAUUCCGUUGGGAGUUUCUUUUGAGGUGUGUUAGAUAAGAUUAUCUUGUGUUUUUCGGAAGGCAUUUCCCCAUUAAAUUUGUGAAGCUACUUCUUGAACUGGCGUGGUGUCCUCACCCUUCCAAGUAGAGAUUUAAGUUUUACCUCAUCAGUUAUAUUGUUAUUUUUAGUUUUUGUUCCUUUAAUGCAUUGUGAAAUUCUCCUGUAGAAGAUUGCAAAUUUAAAAGAGCAUUAGGUUUUGUAAAUGUAUAUAAAGUUUCUGAUUUGAUUUACAUUGUAAUAUCAAAGGUGCAAAUUGAACUGGAAAACAGCAAAUGCUGGAAUUACUUUGGAUUUCUGAUGAAAGAUCAUCACCAACCUGAGAUAUUAACUCUAAUUCUCUUGACAAAUGUUCCUGCAGCAUAUUUAAGGCUCUUUCUGUAUUGUGUUCUGUAUCCAGCAUCUGCACUUUUUUGCUGAAUAAAUUGGUGUCCUCCCACUGUAUGUUUUGACUUGAGGACCAAACACCACGCGAUAGGUACGGUAUUCGGAGGCCAGGGCAGGUAGAGUAUCUCCAUCAGUCAUCAACUUUAUCAAACCCUGAGCCAUGCUGUGCUGAUCACUUUAACCUACUUGUGUUAUCAUUGUGAACAUGUUCACUUGGAGAAUUUGGGAAUUUUCGCUAUCCAUUUUUAACCCUAUUCAUGUGUAGGGUUGGUUUUGUUGGUAUUCUGUGUUGACUGAUUGAAACGUGGACCUUGUUUAUAAAGAGCUAGUGUAGACAAAAUGGGCUGAAUGGCCUUUUCUGUCCUGCAAAGUUCCAAAAUGACUGAACACAGCUCAGAGAUCACAAAAGGAAACAGAUGGAGUUGUUUCAAGAUCCACAGUAAUACUGAAUCUGAACAAUGUAAUGGUGCUCAGUAUCAGGAGGAACCCAAAUGCAACACUAAUUAGCAGUUGUCAGCGAAUCAACACUAAUGAUAGGCAAUUUAGAAAUUAAUGUGAACUUCAGUUUAUUAGAGGAAUAUAGACAAGUUUGUAACAUGUUAACGAGUAUGGUCAAAUAUUUUAAUAGCACAAUUUGUGUAAUUUCUACUGCUUAUUCGCUCAACUUUUGCUCAGUCCUUAGUUCUUGCCCCCUCUCUUCCCUUUUUCUUCCAAACCACAAGAGCUUCUUGUCUCAGUUUCACUGGCUCCUCCCUUCUGCAGCACCAACUCUAACCCCCACUGGCUCUGCAUCUGCAACCUGGCACUAAUCAAGGCAAGCUGCUGGAAUGGGGAGCCAUACGUUCACCAAUCUGUAUUUCAGAUUUGAUUAUCUGAGUGGUGAGACCAGUUAGCCCGAUCACCUCAAUGUACUUGAGGACUAUUUUUAUUUUCUGUUCAGUGAUCCCUGUCUCACCAGAGCUUUUGUGGCCAAUUUUGAAAGUGCUACUUAAAAACUCCAUCUGAUGCCUGUCAAAAAACAGCCAAUCUGCCUUGAAGCAAAGCAGUUAAUAUUGUCGCAAAUUGCUGGAAAAGCUCAACAAGUCUGGCAGCCUCAUUGCGGAGAAAAGUCCAUGCUGCCAGACCUGCUGAGUUUUUCCUGCAGUUUCUGAUUUGCAGCAUCCGCAGUUCUUUCAGUUUUUAUGCCGUUUAUUUUGUCAUUAUCAAAGCUAUAGCCACUGCCUGCCCUCCAGCUAGUUUUUCUCAGUAUUUUAAAACAGUCAGUUUGAUGUCAUCAAAGUUGAUGAAAAUGUUGUCACCAGUGUAUAGAUCUGGCAGACACCUGUCACAUACAAUUAGUGUGUAUUAAAGCUACAAAAAGUUUCCCAACACCUAAUGAGCAGCAAUGUCUUUUCUGGCCGUAGAGCAGAAGAAAUCUUCUGGCUGGGGCUUGUUUCCUGGUUACAGCUGAAAUUCUCUCUUUCCUGUAUAGCUGAAUUCUCUUCUCCAGACCUCUCAUGUUUAUGGAAUACUUUAAUGACUCUUGAAGCCCUUGUGUGCCCCUGAUCCGUCACAUCUUUGACUGCUUGGGUGGAACACAGGACAGAACUGAGCACCUAGAUUCAUGACCACCAUCUGCUCAGUGCUGUCUGCAAUGUCUGAAUGUCCUUUUCAGGACAUAUUGAGGUAAUUGGAUGUUGGCUCACAAGGGACUCAGAUUAAAGAUAUGGUCCCAAUUAUACUGAGGCUUUUUGUGGCUAAUUGUUCAGUUGUACCAUGUUUGAAGUUUCAACUUUACUCUGAAGUGUCUGUCAAUUACAUGCACUCUGGUAGCAUGCUCUGCGGUUUGCCUGCUGUGUAUGCCUCCUCAUUCUGUCUCAUGAAGCUAUCUGUACAAGUUUCCACUUACUGGCUGACCCUAUGUGAAAACAUUGGGGUGACUGGAAAUGGCAAGCCUCCUUCAGAAAUGGGAGACAGUUUCAAAUAAGGAGCUGAAUAAUUGCCAGGAAUUUGCUGUCAGUUAACUCCAUGACUGAAAUGCAAAUCACCAGCUGUUCUAUCAGGAAAUUGCAUGGCAAUCUAUGCUGGGAAUUGUAAGGUUAGUCAAAAUGGCUUAAUAACAAUACAGAAUAUAACAAAUUCACUAGUUUACCACAAGAAGAUCCUGGCAACAGGUUGUGCUUUUCUUAUGGGCCAUGUCUCAACAGUUUGCGUUUAAUUAUUUGUUAUAAAGUAGCUUUUGAUGUGUUGUAAUUGUGGGACAAACCCAUAAACUGUUUUUUCAUGUAAAAGUAUUGAGUUUCAGUGUUAAUUUGCUGUUGUCAUAAUUUGUUUUUAAUGCUUGUUCAUAAUCUUGCUGAGUAGUUUAGCAUUCUGUUCCAUAAUUUAACUAAUGUAUAUUUCUGGAUUUAACCUGAGAUUACUGUGUGGACAAAGUUUGUAUUGAAUCCAGAAUAUGGGCUGUUGUAUAUUUGUCCAUCAUUUGUAGUGGAGUGAAAAUAUUUGUACAAAACUGUUUGUAAAGAACUAAAUGGGACUUGAUGGCUCAGAGAUUAAAUAUUGCUCCAACAGCUGAGUCAGCCACGUGCAGGAGCUUGGAGUGAGACAGAUUUAUCCUGCAGUUUGCUCAUUGAUCAACAGGCUGAUUCCCAAGUAUUUGGGCUGUAACACUGUGUUUAGCUAUCUAGGAAGCAAAACACUUCUUUCAAGGUCUCUUCAGCUUUUCCAGGUCUACUUUUUCAUGCACAAUUGACAAAGCUUUAAAAAUGAAAUUGACCAAGUGACUACUUAAUGCAAAUACUUUGUGUCUCAAAUUCUACAUACAAUACAGUGUAUUCAUGUUUCCCUCAGAAAGUUGGAAGGCUCAUUUCCUUCAUGUUGACCGAGAAUGGUUCUCUCCAAAUUAUUUUGAAGUGUAAUGGUUCAUUAACUUCAAAAUAGUGUUGAUAUAUUUCAUCGUAUCUGUAAUUGAGGGGACAGAUGAUCUGUUUGGACAUCUACCUUCCUGGUUGAAGGUGGUUUUGUGGAGUUGAGAACCGAACAGGACUUUGUUUUUCAGUAUUACUGAAAAUGUGAACCAAGUGUUAUGAUUAACAGUUGUUUAUAUGUGUACCAUUCUCAGUUAUAUGGAGAAUGAAAUGAACAAUUGUAGUACUUCCGAAACAUUUCUCAGCCGCUGUUUAAGGACAAUCUGAGUUGCCGAAUUUCAUAGUGAUUCAUCUCUCUGUACAAGACUGUUAAACUUUUACUAAUUUUAUUUUCUCGAUUUGUAAGACUGAACGGAUGUAUAUUUUAAACAAAAUAAAGUAUUUUAAAGUUAAA